AUGAUCGAGGGAGAAGCAACAAGUGAAGGCCUUGCAACAAAGCCUGCAAAUGUUUCCACUUACGAAGUAGAGGAAAUGAAAUUUGAUCAUGCUCUUAAACUUUUUAGUAGGCAUGCCUUUAGAAGAGACUCACCACCAGAGAAUUAUAUCUCCCUUUCAGAAGACAUGGUCUCUACUCUGGAAAAGCUCCCUUUAGCUCUUGAAGUUACCGGUUCAUCCCUUUCCGGUAAAUCCGAAGCAUUUUGGGCAGACACUUUGAAGAAGCUAGAAAAAGCUCCUCCCAUGGAAAUCCAAAAAACAUUAAAGAUAACUUAUGAAAGGCUAGAUGAUGCACAAAGGCAAAUAUUUCUUGAUAUAGCUUGUUUUUUUGUUGGUAAGGACAAAACCUACCCUUUCUACAUGUGGGAUGACUGUGAAUACUGCCCACACAAUGCCAUUGAAGUCCUCUCUCUCAUGUCCUUGAUAAAAAUCAAAGAUGACAAUACUUUUUGGAUGCAUGACCAAGUGCGAGACCUCGGAAGGGCAAUCGUCCGUCAAGAGAAUUCCAAAUAUCCCUUCGAGUGUAGCAGAGUUUGGAAUCAUCGGGAGGCCUUGCGAAUUCCGAAGCAGAAAGAGGGAAGUAGGAAAAUAGAAGCACUGUCAACAGGAAAUCGUGGAGACAUUGUAACGCAUGAAGAAGUUACUAAUUUGCAAAAGCUGAGGUUCUUUGAAACGAAUGGGGCGUUCCUUGUCGGAGACUUCAAUAACCUUCUCCCCGGUUUAACAUGGCUUUCUUGGCGGUUUUGCCCUUUCGAGUUUGUGGCAACAAACUUUCGUCCGACUAAUUUAGUCAUUCUAAACCUUUCAUGUAGCGGUAUUUCUGAGGAAUGGCUUGGCUGGAACCAAAUCAAAGUGGCGAGCAAACUCAAAAUACUAGAUCUCAAGAAUCGCAACUACUUAAGGAAAACACCCGAUUUUUCUGCGUGGGAGUCCUUGGAGAGAUUGAUUCUUGAAGGCUGUCACAACUUAAAUGAAAUCGACCCAUCCAUUGGUAAAUUAAAGCUCCUCACUACUUUGAACUUGAAUGGAUGUGAGUCUCUUCAAGAGUUGCCUGAAGAACUUGGAUGUCUAGAAGCUUUGAUAGAAAUUAUGAUGCCUUGUUCGUCAUGUAUGUUUAAACUUCCGGAAACAUUUGGUAAUUUGAAGUCAUUGUUGACCUUCGAUGUAUCUCAUAGGCAGAUUAGCAAGUUGCCAUACUCAAUUGGAGGGCUGGUGAAACUUCGGUGGUUGAAUAUAUCUAAGUGUAGGAUGAUAAAGGAACUUCCGGACACAGUUGGGAACUUACAAUUAUUGGUUGAGUUGGAUUUGUCAUUUACAAGUUUGGGUCACCUACCCGAUUCAAUUGGCAAUCUAAAGCAACUGAAAGUACUUAGAUUGAGCCACAUAAGUAGCAUAACAAAAUUACCCAGUAUGAUUGGGCUGGUGGAGAAGCUUGAAGAGCUAUACGCUAAUUAUUGCUGGAACUUGACCGGCAAAAUCCCUGAAGAAAUUGUACUUCUAUCUCAUUUGAGGAUCCUAGACUUGUCAUACACAUGUAUAUCUGGAUUACCCUCCACGUGUCACUGCUCUUCACACUCCCAUCAUUCUCCCUUCUCUGCUGGAAAAACUAUCAUCGUCCCCCAAAACCACGAAUUUCCUCCCCUGGCUCCCGUCUAG